AUGGCGCCAGUUACUAGUACUGCCAUCGAGCACAUCACGAACCCGCUGGCUACCUCGAGCCAACUCGUCAACCUGAAGCACGCCGAAGACGAACAUGGCCAAUCCAUCCGCUUUGCCCAAGCGGCACUGACAUCGGCCGCUGGCAUCCUUUUGCGGUUGUCGCAGGAAAUUAUUGCGCAAGCCAUAGUCCUUCUCCAGCGGUUCUGGGUAUCAAGCCGACCGGACGACCGCGAAGGGUUCAGUCCCAAGACCUUCUCGGCGGCAGCGAUCUAUCUUGCCGCAAAGCUCUCGGCCACGCCGGUCUCCCCGCGCUCCGUGGUCAAUGUAUACGCCUACUUGACCUCGUCGAAAGCGUCGCCUCUGCUGUUCAUCAAUCCACAUGGUGAUGCGCCUACUGAAGCCGAUCCGAUGGACUACUUCGUUACGGAAGGAACAUAUGAAAGAGAACGGCAGAGAUUGUUUGUUUGCGAAAGUGUGAUACUUGUGGGCGUGGGGUUCGACACCCGUGUGGCUUUGCCUUACAGUCUGGCCCUGACGUAUAUACAAGCGCUGGGCGUGUCAUCGACGAAGUUGGCGAGGAGGGUUUUUGAACAUCUCAAUGCGGGUCUGCUCUCUCCACAGUUGCUGUACCUCACUCAUCAACCCAAUGCUCUUGCUGUGGGCGCCAUUUACUUGGCCGCAAGGGAAACAGGUGUCAAGCUCGUCGAGCAAAAUUGGUGGGAGGUUUUCGAUGUCGACAGGGAGGAUCUGGGCUUUCUCCUGCUUGCUUAUGGAAGUCUGGUUAACUUCGCAGAGGCCGAGGCCGAGAAGUGGAAGACCGCACCUUUGUCCUUGGAUUGA